AUGAAGCGGUCGCGGUAUAAGAAGGGCGAUGACGGCCCUGGUGGCAGGUCACAAUAUGUAUCUAUAGCCCCAUACCAGCCACAGCCCGACCGAUACGCGCGCCGCAAACGGUCUGUCUCUGAGGUUCUGACCAUGGUUUUCGUCGCCUACGCGUUGGCAACAUGCCUGUACCUCUCCGCUCCGGCGUGUUCUGCGGCCUUGAGGUGUAGGAACACCAGCCCCGUCGUGGACGUCAAGAAUGGCUCUUAUGCCGGCACCCAUAACCCAAAGUACAACCAGGACUUUUUCCUCGGCAUCCCGUACGCUAAGGUUCCCGAGCGUUUCCGCGUUCCUGAGAGCCUUGACACGACGUGGAACGGCACCCGCCCCGCCACGCAGUACCCCAAGCACUGUAUCGGCUACGGCGAAGACAUGAUCGGCUACGAGUCCUCCGAGGACUGUCUGUACGUCAAUGUCGUCCGUCCAGCAGGCGUAGCACCCGACGCGCAUCUGCCUGUGGCCGUCUGGAUUCACGGGGGCGGUCUGAAGUAUAUGGGGGGCUCAGCCGACAGGCGGUACAACCUCUCUUUCAUCGUGGAGAACAGCGUCAAACAGAAUACUCCCGUCAUCGGGGUCAGCUUAAACUACCGCCUCUCCGUCUUUGGCUUCCCCGGCGGCAAGGAGGCCCUCGAGGCCGGCGCCACGAACCUCGGGUUCAGGGACCAGAGGUUAGCGUUGCACUGGGUCAACGAGAACAUUGCCAGUUUCGGCGGCGCGCCCGACAAGGUCACCAUCUUUGGCGAGAGCUCUGGCGCUGAGAGCGUUGCCGCGCAGGUGCUGGCAUAUAACGGACGCGACGAUGGGCUUUUCAGGGCAGCAGCCGCACAGUCAGGCUUUGGAGGUGUCAUCCCCCGCAAGGUCGGCGGCUUCAACUCGACUUCGUACCAGACGGACUACGAUCAGCUCGUCGGGAACAUCACCUCGUGCGCUUCCACCGUCGGCACCCCGGCGUCGAUCGACUGCCUGCGCACCGCGCCUCUGGAAGAGUUCCACGCGGUGCUCAACGUGACGGGCGCUCCCUUUGCCUUUAUUCCUGUCAAGGACGGCGACUUCCUCGCAGACUUUGCUACCAAUCAGCUUGCCCGCGGGGACUUCGUCAAGGUGCCUGUUCUUAUCGGGUCCAACACGGACGAAGGUUCCGCUUUUGGGCAGGGCAAGGGACCCAGCGGAGGGCCGAUCAACACGGAUGAUGACAUGGCAUACGCCGUGGCCAGCGUCAUCCCGCCCCAGGCCGAGGAAACGACGGGGCGGAGUGUCGAUGAGCUUGUAGAUGGAGUGUUGACGCUGUACCCCGAUGAUCAGGCUGUUGGCAUCCCGAACCUCGAGACAUGGCCGCACGUCAUACAACCCGGCGAGGAGAUUGCCGUGGCGCGGGGUCUGCAGCAACGCCGUGGCGGGGCCUUCUUCGGAGACAUGUUCUUCGGUUUCUUGCGACGGAGGGCCAACACCGUCUGGUCGGAGAACGGCAUUCCCUCAUUCGCCUACCGCUUCAACGUGCGGCCGAACGGAGCCCCCGAGUACAUCGGCUCAACUCACUUUGCAGAGGUCGCAUUCGUGUUCAACAACCUCGACGGCCUCGGCUACACCACGAACCCAUUUGGCGGCAACGAUACAUCGUACACAGUAAAGGCGUCCGCCCUCUCAAAGACUAUAUCCACGGCGUGGAUCAACUUCUUCGCGGGUCUCAACCCCAACGGCGCGCCGGGUUUGAGCGAGUGGCCCGUCUAUGACACUGCAGGUGAGGCCGGUGUGGGGAGCGACGUGGUCUUCGGCAUCGACGGCGCCGUCGUUGAAACGGACGACUGGCGUAAGGACGGCAUGGACUGGAUGAUUGAGCACGCGCUGGACGUAUUUGGUAACUAG